UGGCGCUCUUGUGCAAUCUUUUAUGAAACACCUACUAUUUGACAUCACUGCACAACUGUCCUGUCGGGACAGGUGGCCAGACGUUGUUGAUGCACUGAAGUGAAAGUGACAGUACACUGCCUAUGUGACUUCUAAAGCGAGACUGAGAGUUUCCAGGCAUGUGGAAGAUCUUGAGUGCUGACCUUGAGAAAACGCUUAUCCUCCCACCCUGACCAAACUGGAUGAAAUGGAAGCUGAGAGAUACUUGGUCGUCCUGUCUUCUUCCAAAAGCAAAGGUACCGCUGAGGUAGCUGUGUCAUCAAAAGCUUUAGAGGAUCUGACCAAAAUGCAGGCUGAAGGACUGAUAUCUUUUAAUAUAAUAUCUGAUAACUUUGGCAGGAUAUUGGCCUUUGAGGAUACCAGUAAGGGGAAAGUCCUUCCCCGAGCUUCAGCGACGUUCAGCUCUUUCAUGGAUUUCAGUCAAGUGAGUCCCUUUUCUGACCAGCCCCGUCCCUUCUGUUGUGAGUCAAGUCUGCCAAGGUUUUUCUCUGGGAGUUAUUGCUGCAAAUUAUUGGUCUAAUUUCUUUUCAAGUUAAAAUACAAAAU